ACAGAAGGUCAGAGUUGUGAGACUGUAUUUCUACAAAUGGUCCAGAUGCUCUGUCCUGCACUGGUGCCUCCUUUCCCAGAGACCCCACUGACCUGGCCUGGGCCAGGCACCACUUGGCUUCUGCUUCUCCUUGAUCUCCUCCUGGAGCAAGAGCAGCACCUACUCCAUCAUGGUGGUUCCUGUACUGCACAACCUGCUGGAUCAGAUCAUCGAGGAUGGAGGAGAUCAGCCUAUGCAGCUCUUCCCUACAAGAGACAUCAAAGGAGCACUCAGGAGGGCAGAGAGGGGGGCUACCUCUGCUUGCAGCACCCUCAGCCAGGACCCAGUACUGCCCCAGGCACAGUCCUGGCACAGGUGCCAUCCAGUUCGGAGGUUGUGGAGGCUGCCAGCAGGGAAGAGAGCCAGUGCUGUGUGGACCCACUGUCAGCCAUGGAGCAGGAAGCUGAAAUCACACAGGAGCUGGGAAGCCUCCAUGGCAUCCCCCUCUACAAGAGCUUCAUCGAGGGCUGGCCACAGGUAAAGGCUUUCCAAGCCCGUCCAGACGACCUGCUCCUCUCCACCUACCCCAAAUCGGGCACAACGUGGCUGAGCGAGAUCAUGGACAUGAUCUACCAGGAUGGCAAUGUGGAGAAGUGCCGACGGGAUGCCAUCUACAACCGCGUGCCCUUCCUGGAGUUGAGGGCCCCUGGGGAAACAAGUGGUAUUGAGCUGCUGGAGAACACCCCAUCCCCACGGCUGGUAAAGACCCAUCUCCCAGUCCAGCUCCUCCCGACCUCCUUCUGGGAGAAGGACUGCAAGAUUAUCUACAUGGCCCGCAACCCCAAGGAUGUUGCCAUCUCCUACUACUACUUCCACCAGAUGGCUAAGAUACACCAUGACCCUGGCACGAAGGCCGAGUUCUUGGAGAACUUCAUGGCUGGCAAAGUGCCCUACGGAUCCUGGUAUGACCACGUGCGUGGAUGGUGGGAGAAGAAGCAGGAGAAGAAGAUACUCUACCUCUUCUAUGAGGACAUGAAAAAGGACCCACGGCAGGAGGUGCAGAAGAUCUUGCAGUUCCUGGGCAAGGAGUUGGCAGAAGGAACAGUGGAUAGGAUUCUGCACCACACUUCCUUCCAGGAGAUGAAGAAGAACCCUGCUGCCAACUAUGAGACCGUGCUCCCCGCCUUGAUGGAUCACAGCAUCUCCCCCUUCCUCCGGAAAGGGAUCUCUGGAGACUGGAAGAACCACUUCACUGUGGCCCAGAACGAGCGCUUCGACCAGCACUACCAGGAGCUCAUGGCAGGCUCUGACCUCCACUUCCAGAUGGAAGUGUGAGGGGCUCAUCUCCCUUCCCAGGAGGACCGUGCUUCCCCCCUUGCUCUCCCAGUGGGGAGGAUGGAUCCAGAUGGCGAUUCUUGCACUAAUUCACUUUUCC